UGCUAGUGCGCAUGCGCAGAGGGCAGUGUGAGUUGUGUUAUAAGGUUUGAUGAUGUAAGAUCGAAAACAAGACAAACUAAAAGAUCUACACGUUUAUUAACGAAUAAAUCUACCAGUGCCAUGUCCGGAGGAAGCGAGGACACCGACAAGAAGGGAUUCCGGGUGCUGGGGAUCCUGGACAUCCAGAACGUUCCGUGUGCUCGAGAGUCUCUGCUGUACGGAACGGGCGGAGCUCUGGCUGCAGGGCUGCUCCACUUCUUAGCCACCAGUCGGGUCAGGAGGUCGUAUGACGUGGGCUUUGCUGGAUUCUUUGUCACCACUCUUGGGUCCUGGUUUUACUGUCGAUUAAACAACGCCAAGUUCCGAGUCCAGGAGCGCAUGAUCCAACAAGGCCUCCGCAACAAAGUGGUUUACCAGGGAACCAACAAAGACCCGACCCUGCAGAGCCCCUCGGAGCCAGAGAAGCCCGGGGAGUCCUAACAGACAGACCCAAGUGGACCUUUGAGGGACUUUUGCACAAAGGUCUGAGUGAGGACGACAGGAUGGAGACGUGUUGCACUUACUGUACAAGUUAAAGAACAUAUAUGAUGCAAAAUUGAGCUUUGAACCUUUUAUACUGUUGUCCCCUCCUCAAAAACAUGUUCAUUCACUCUUAUUUCAAUAAUCUGUUGAUCCAAAGUCUAAUUCAUUGAGCCUCAAAAAUGCUCAGUUUCCUUCGUGCCAAGUUUUGUUGCAAAACUCCAGACUUCUGCGGAGCUGUUUUUCAGUCCAUGAGCCGUCACAGGAGUCACUCUGGGGUUAAAUUGUGUUCACAGCUAAAGUGUUUUUAUUCACAAUCCUAAACGCCUCACUGGAAACUGGAAAAGGUGUAGUUUAUAAUUAUUAUUUUAAGUUAAAACGUGACAUGCUGAUCCCAAAGUGACCAGGUUUAAAAAAAAAAAAAGAAUUAAAGCUACAAGAAUGCAGAAUAUAUGUUCUUAAAAAUGUGUUUUGUGUUAAAUAAAUGUGCAAACAAGUUGAGUUGUUUAUUAUAACAUCUUAUUUUGACAGAUGUACAAUGUGUGAAUGAUGUAAUAAAUGAAACUUUUGAAGUGUG